AUGGAUACUUGCCAACUUGAUGUGAACAAUGCCUUUCUCCAAGGCUCACUUGAUGAAGAUAUCUACUUAGCCCAACCUCCAGGAUUUAUUGAUCGAGAUAGACCUACCUAUGUGUGCAAACUCUACAAAGUACUUUAUGGUCUUAAACAAGCUCAUCGGGCAUGGUACAAUGAGCUACGUCGGUUUCUCCUCAAGUCCGGGUUCGUCAAUUCACUCUCCGAUACAUCCUUAUUCAUCCUUAAUCGUGAUGGAGUAUGUAUCUAUUUGCUUGUCUACAUAGAUGACAUUAUCAUUAGCGGAGACUCCUCGAAAGCGGUUCAACAUUAUAUCGACUUGUUGGCUCGACGUUUUUCUAUCAGAGACCUCGGCCCCCGAUCAUUCUUUCUUGGUGUUGAAGUUACUCGAACAUCCGGUGGUCUUCUCCUCACCCAACGACGUUACAUAUCGGACAUUCUCUCUCGUCACUCAAUGGCGGAUGCCAAGCCCGUACCAACUCCCCUUGCUUCUACAUCGGAUCUUCGGCUUCACUCCGACAUUACACUUGACGAUCCGAGUGAGUAUCGUCAAGUCUUGGACAACCUUCAGUAUCUUCUUUUCACUCAUCCCGAUAUUGCAUAUGUUGUGAACAAACUCUCGCAAUACAUGCAUCGUCCAACAUCUGAUAAUUGGCAAGCAUUGAAGCGGGUUUUACGUUAUCUUGGCGACACUAGAUCACAUGGUAUUUUUCUCUCUCGAUCAUCCCCUCUUACUCUUCAUGCCUUCUCCGACACGGAUUGGAGAGGUGACCGAGAUGAUUUCACGUCAACCAGAGCACACAUUGUAUACCUCGGCCACAAUCCGGACUCUUGGUCCUCGAAGAAGCAGAGAUUUGCAGCAAAAUCCUCUAUACGGAAGCGGAAUACAAAUCUGUUUCAACCACGACUUCCGAGGUUCAAUGGUUAG